AUGAAAGAUAAUACUAAAAUUGAGGUUCUUGGUAGCACAGCGUAUGUGGUAUUUUAUUCCGAUUAUGAAGCGACGGAAGACGGAUUUACAGCAAAUUUUCAGGCUGUUUCUGCCCCGAAACCCCCGUCUAAAGGUAAGAACAGAAUUAUUCUUUCACUCUAAACACACUCUCGUUAACAUUUCCCAGUUAAACAUCAAAAUUUGAGUUGAAACUUUUUAAAAAAUUUUUUAUGUUAAUCGGAAUGUUUUAAAGUCAGUCAAAACCUUAUGUGUGGCAAACGGUUAACGUAGUAGAAUUUAUAGUAAAAUCCGGAUAAGCCCAUAGUAAACACGGCUAAGAAUCAUUUGAAUACGGCUAAGCAAUCUCAUACCAUGAAAAUUUGAUUCAGUCAAAAUGUGCUUUAAAAGUCUUUUGACCCAAAAUUUUUAAUUUUACUAUGUGUUUUGAACCUUUCUAAGAGCGUUUCUGAAGAAGAAUAUUUUUCGGUCAUGCCAAAAUUUAAUAAAUUUUUAAAGUCAAAAUUUGGUGGAAAGUUUCUAAGGAAUUCGAAGAUUUUCAAUUAUUUUUUUCAAUUUUUUCCCCGCAAUUCAUUCUUGGUGUCUAGGAGACUGUGAUUUUGAUAAUGGGCUAUGUAAAGAUUGGCGUAAUGACGUCACAGGAGAUUUUCAAUGGAGCCUUGGAUCAGGUAGCACACCAUCAUUGCUCACUGGACCUGAUGGUGAUCACUCUGGCAAAGGUACGUUUUGGCUUUCGAAAGAGCAUUUCAAUGCUGUCGCCAUGUUCCAGGCCAGUGCGCUUACGAUGCACUAUAUAUGCAAAUUGUGGUACAAAUACAAGGCUACAAUAUAUAAACGAAAAUAAUUAACACCAUUUUCUUCCUCUGAUCACUAGUUGCUGAAAGUUUACUUCAUUUUUUCCAAGGGCAAUACUUGUUCAUUGAGUCAUCACGACCCCGCAAGGAGGGUGACAAAGCACGGCUAGUCAGCACCAGUCUCCGAGAUGCGCGCUGUCUUACAUUUUACUACUACAUGUAUGGCUUGAUUGGGAUGGGAAGUCUGCGCGUGUAUCUCAGAGACAGUUCUGGCAAGAUCACAUCGCUCUGGGGUAGAUCGGGUGAUCAGGGACGGAAAUGGAAGAAAAUUCAGUUACCUUUGCCAGUUGAUGGCUCAACUACUUUUAAGGUACGGCUUUCUACCAAGCACCACAUGUUUACCUUUGGUUGUCUCUGACUGGACCUCCAGGGAGAAGAGUUUAGAAUUAAUAAAGCUAUCAGUAUAAAUAAAGAUAGUUUAGUUUAGGUUUCCUCCUGUAGUAACACUGGAUCAAUAAGAGAUGAUCCUUACUGGACCUCUAGGAAGAACAGUUCAGAACUGAUAGAGCUAUCCAGUAUAAACAAAGUUAGUUUAGCUUAGGUUUCCUCCACUAGUAACACUGGAUCAAUAAGAGAUGAAAUUCUUACCUUUAGUUUAGAAUUGAUAUACAUUCUUAGAAUUUUCGUAGGUACUAGCAUGAAUGAUUGUUUUUAAUAUUUUCUGUACGAAUAUAGAUCAUUUUUGAAGGAGUUGUCGGAAGAUCAGAUUACAGUGAUAUAGCCAUUGAUGAAAUUUCUUUUUCCAAACAGACUUGCAAAUCCAACGGUAAGAUGUUCCGGGGAAAAACAGCAGUUUUUUCCCAAUUGAUUACAGAAAAUAUAUUAAAACACGCGUGAAAAUGCCUCCUUUUUUAAAACACUUGCAGUCCGUACUUUAUCAAAUAUAAGAAAGUCGGCUGUCGCCUCGUGUUUACAUUCGUGUUUUAAAUCUUACUUAACAUAUUUUAAAUCAUUUAGAUUGCAGACGAGAGCUUCAAGGGCGCUUUGGACAAUUCGUGAGUCCAAAUUAUGCAAUAUUCCCCAACAAGUAUCCACACGACAAUCGUUGCGCAUGGAAGAUUACUGGACCCGCAGGAACAAAGAAGAUUGUCUUGAAAUUCCACAGUUUUGAUCUUGAAGAUGAUACUAAAUGCAGGUGAGAUUAUUCACGUCUAAACUAACUUUAUUUAAACUGGCUUUAUAUAUCAGUUCAGUUCAAAACUGUUCUCUUUAGAGAUCCAAUGAGGAUCAUAUCUUGUUGAUCCAGUGUUACUACAGGAGAAAACUUAAUCUAAACUUCAUUAAGUUCAUUUAUACUGGAUACCGGCUUUAUCAGUUCUAAACUGUUCUUGCUAGAGGUCCAGUAAGGGUCAUAUCUUAUUGAUCCAGUGUUACUACACGAGGAAACCCAAAUUAAACUAACUUUAUUUCUACUGGAUAACCCUAUCAGUUCUAAACUGUUCUUCCUAGAGGUCCAGUAAGGAUAAUGUCUUAUUAAUCCAGUGUUACUACAAGAGGAAACCUAUAGACUAAACUAACUUUAUCUAUACUGGAUAGCUCUGUCAGUUCUAAACUGUUCUUCCUAGAGGUCCAGCAUUAAAGGAUUAUCUCUUAUUGAUCCAGUGUUACUACAGGAGGAAACCUAAAAACUAAACUAACUUUAUUUAUACUAUAUCAUAUCUAAACUGUUCUAACACUUUAACAAUGUGCGUGUUUUACUAACCAUUAUUAAUUAAUGAAGCAGUUUCUCAGUUGAAGUUCAGUCAGAUUAUUUUGUUAAUACGAUUUUUUUCAACUCUUUUACAGCAAAGAUUUCAUUCGAAUAUCUGACAAGAACGACAAGCAAGUAGGACCACGCUAUUGUGGAUUGUAUAAUUGGGGAUUUGGAGUGAAGAUUAAUGGUGAUGUGGCCAACGUGCACUUCUCAUCGAACGCUUUGAUCGCAAGGAAAGGUUUUAAUGCUUCGUUUGAGGCCAUUUUGAUCGAAAGUAAAGGUAAUAAGAUAUAAUAAGAUAGAAGAGAUUACCUUUACUAGACAUUUCUAGGGAGAAUAAUCUAGAAAAAUAGAGCUGUUCAGUAUAAGUAAAGUUAGUUUAGUUUAGGUUUCCUCCUGUAGUAACACUGGAUCAAUAAGAAAUGAUCCUUACUGGACCUCUAUAGGGAGGACAGUUUAGAACUAAUAGAGCAAUCCAGUAUAAAGUUAGUUUAGCUUAGUUUUAUAUUAUCAAUCGUAAAACACGUUUACUUUCAACAUCUUCAUAGAUGACUGUGAUUUCGACAAUGGUCUGUGUUCUUGGGCAAAUUCGAAGAUGGAUGAUUUCGAUUGGACAAUAAAAUCAGGAAGGACUCCGAGUUACUUUACAGGACCGUCUGGCGAUUAUCUAGAAUUAGGUAAAUAUAGAAAACAGUUACACUUUUGCACGAAAAAUAUCCUUCUCAUCAAGAAACAUUCCAUAACCUUCACAAGUAAUGGAUCAGAAAAACACAAAAGAAAUUAUGAUAGUGAAGGAGCUUGUAUAUCUGAUACAAAGUCAUGUCGAUUUCCACAAUCACUAAGUUCAUAUUUUUUUACCAAAUAUCAUUCAUGUGUUUAAGAUUAUAUAUCUGAUACAACAUGAUUGCUCAUGCCUGUGUAUAAUACUUAUAUAUUCUCUCUGGCAAAAGGUAAAUAUGCGUAUAUCGAGUCAAGCUAUCGUCGAAAAGGUGAUCGAGCACAGCUCACCAGCAAGCUGAUGUCUGGUGCAAAAUGUAUGCAGUUUAUGUACAACAUGAACGGUAUUUACAUGGGAAGCAUUAACGUCGUUCAAGCUUAUGGCCAAAUAAGGAAGGUUUUGCUAAACAUCUCUGGGAAUCGUGAUCGUCCUUGGCACAAAGCAGUCGUAAAUAUCUCUGAUGUGGUGCUUCCAUAUAAGGUAGGAAACAUAGGCUACGUUUAUACUAUACCAGAUAGCUGGCCGUAGCGGCGCGAAAAAGCACCUAUCUGAUACGGAAUGUACAACUUUCAGAAGCUGAGCGAAACAACAUCUCUCCGUUGCAAUAAUUCCUCACAUCGCUACAGACAGCUAUCCGGUGCAUGCAGUGUAAAUCUAGUCACCAGUAUUUGCCUUACUGUAUAAUACAUGUAUUUUAUUCUAUUUUUUCUUCAUAAAGUAAUAACUCUUUUAGAUAAUCAUAGAAGGUGUGGUGGGCGAUGGUUUCACAAGCGAUGCAGCAAUAGAUGAAAUCUCAUUCACUUCGGGUCACUGUCCAAGCCAGACAUGUGGGGAUUACCUCACAGCACCGUAUGGUGUCAUUGAGAGUCCCAACUACCCUGGAUAUUAUCCUGACAAUGCUGUAUGUGAAUGGAAGAUUAAUCCCCUGCCGUAUUACGGCAACGUUGGUGUACUUUUUGAGAAAUUUGAUGUGGAAAAUUCAACUAGCUGCAGGUACUUAAGCUAGUUUUAUGGUAUACUGAAUAGCUCUAUCAGUUUUAAAACAUUUUCUCAAGGAAUCCAGCAUAAAUCUCACAACUUGUCAACAAGAUGUGUUCGCAACGGGCUUGUAGCAAGCUUGUCAACAAGUUGUAACAAUGCUGUUAUUUCAUCAAGUUGCUACAAGGCUGUCACUCACAACUUGUUGACAAAUUGUUGAAUUGCAGGAUGAUAACAAGUAUGUUAAGCUCAAUAACCUUGUAGCAAGUUGUCAACAAGCCGUUGAUCAACAAGCUGGGAAUAAGCAGUGCGAACACAUCCUGUUGACAAGCUGUUGCAACAAGUCUGCUGCACAUUUGUUACAACUUGUGCGUUUUUACGUGCAGAUGAAAUGCAUACGCAAUACUAUUCAACUUUUAACACAGUAUAAUAACACUCUUUUGUUUUUUGAACCUUUCAAUAUAUAAAUCUAAAGCAGAAAUCUUGAAACAGAAUACUUUUUGGACAUCAUUUAAUUAGGAAUGACAGUGUUCAGAUAUCAGAUGGCUACAAAACACAGGUUGGUGAGAAACUCUGCGGUUCUCUACAAGAUUUACAAAGCAAUUCAGUUCGCGUGAAAGGAGCUUCUGCGUACGUGAAAUUCACGUCGGAUUCUAUUGGAGCUAAGAGUGGUUUUAAGGCGACGUACAAAGCAUCUGGAAAGCGAGCAAGUAAGAUUCUCAAGCUCAUUAUUAGAUGAGGAAAACACUAUGACUGCAGUGCUAUCUAUAACAGCCUCACUUCAUCAUAUUUCUGUCUCCUCUACCACAGGUUGUGGAGGUCAGUUAUCAGGAGCUCAGGGGAAUUUUACAUCACCAAACUAUCCACGCCAUUAUCCAGUGAAUGAGGUAUAGUUACCUAGCUAGACAUACUGACAUUUCAUGGCAGAAAUUGGUUUUCAAAUACCAUAACUCCGUCAUUUAAAAAGCCACAACUGCAUUUUCAAAUGGCAGAACUCCGUUUUCAAAUGCCCAAACUCAGUUUUCAAAUGGCAGAACUCCGGCUUUUUAAAUAGCAAAACUCCCUUUUUAAAUAGCAGAAUUCCCUUUUCAAAUAGCUGAACUCCCUUUUCAAAUAGCAGAACUUCCUUUUCAAAUAGCAGAACUCCCUUUUCAAAUAGUAGAACUUGGUUUCCAAAUAGCAAAACUCCCUUUUCAAAUAGCAGAACUCCCUUUUUAAAUACCAAAACUCACUUUUCAAAUAGCAGAAUUCCUUUUUCAAAUAGCAGAAUUCCCCUUUUAAAUAGCAAAACUCCCUUUUCAAAUAGCAAAACUCCCUUUUCAAAUAGCAGAAUUCCCUUUUCAGAUAGCAAAACUCCCUUUUCAAAUAGCAGAAUUCCCUUUUCAAAUAGCAGACCUCCCUUUUAAAUAGCAAAACUCCCUUUUCAAAUAGCAAAACUCCCUUUUUAAAUAGCAGAACUUGGUUUUCAAAUAGCAGAACUUCCUUUUUAAAUAGCAAAACUCCCUUUUCGAAUAGCAGAACUCCCUUUUCAAAUAACAGAACUCCAUUUUUAAAUAGCAAAACUCCCUUUUCAAAUAGCAGAACUCCCUUUUCAAAUAGCAAAACUCCCUUUUCAAAUAGCAGAACUCCCUUUUCAAAUAGCAGAACUUGGUUUUCAAAUAGUAGGACUCCCUUUUUAAAUAGCAAAACUCCCUUUUCAAAUGGCAGAACUCCCUUUUUAAAUAGCAAAACUCCCUUUUCAAAUAUCAGAACUCCCUUUUCAAAUAGCAGUAUUCCCUUUUCAAAUAGCAGAACUCCCUUUUUAAAUAGCAAAACUCCCUUUUCAAAUAGCAGAACUCCCUUUUUAAAUAGCAAAACUCCCUUUUAAAUAGCAAAACUCCCUUUUCAAAUAGCAGAACUCCCUUUUUAAAUAGCAAAACUCCCUUUUCAAAUAGCAGAACUCCCUUUUUAAAUAGCAAAACUCCCUUUUAAAUAGCAAAACUCCCUUUUCAAAUAGCAGAACUCCCUUUUUAAAUAGCAAAACUCCCUUUUCAAAUAGCAGAACUCCCUUUUUAAAUAGCAAAACUCCCUUUUAAAUAGCAAAACUCCCUUUUCAAAUAGCAGAACUCCCUUUUUAAAUAGCAAAACUCCCUUUUCAAAUAGCAGAACUCCCUUUUUAAAUAGCAAAACUCCCUUUUAAAUAGCAAAACUCCCUUUUCAAAUAGCAGAACUCCCUUUUUAAAUAGCAAAACUCCCUUUUCAAAUAGCAGAACUCCCUUUUUAAAUAGCAAAACUCCCUUUUAAAUAGCAAAACUCCCUUUUCAAAUAGCAGAACUCCCUUUUUAAAUAGCAAAACUCCCUUUUCAAAUAGCAGAACUCCCUUUUUAAAUAGCAAAACUCCCUUUUAAAUAGCAAAACUCCCUUUUCAAAUAGCAGAACUCCCUUUUUAAAUAGCAAAACUCCCUUUUCAAAUAGCAGAACUCCCUUUUUAAAUAGCAAAACUCCCUUUUAAAUAGCAAAACUCCCUUUUCAAAUAGCAGAACUCCCUUUUUAAAUAGCAAAACUCCCUUUUCAAAUAGCAGAACUCCCUUUUUAAAUAGCAAAACUCCCUUUUAAAUAGCAAAACUCCCUUUUCAAAUAGCAGAACUCCCUUUUUAAAUAGCAAAACUCCCUUUUCAAAUAGCAGAACUCCCUUUUUAAAUAGCAAAACUCCCUUUUAAAUAGCAAAACUCCCUUUUCAAAUAGCAGAACUCCCUUUUUAAAUAGCAAAACUCCCUUUUCAAAUAGCAGAACUCCCUUUUUAAAUAGCAAAACUCCCUUUUAAAUAGCAAAACUCCCUUUUCAAAUAGCAGAACUCCCUUUUUAAAUAGCAAAACUCCCUUUUAAAUAGCAAAACUCCCUUUUAAAUAGCAAAACUCCCUUUUUAAAUAGCAGAACUCCCUUUUCAAGUAGCAGAACUUGGUUUUCAAACGCCAGAAUUCCGUUUUCAAAGUAUCCAGUAUAAAUAAAGUUGGUUCAGUUAAGGUUUCUCCUGUUGUAACACUGGGUUAAUAAGAGAUGAUCCUUACUGGAUAUCUAGGAAGAGCAGUUUAAUUAGAACUGAUAGAAUUAAAGCCAGCGAUUCAAUUGUCAUUAUAUAUGUUUUCAAUUUAGAUAUGUGACUGGGAGAUCACGGGUUCAGAUGCAAACCUUUGGCUUGAGAUAUCAUUCAAAGAUUUCAACAUUGACGACACAGUGGUGUGUUACUACAAUUACCUCAUUGUCUACGACAGUAUCCAUGGUAACGAGAUUGGUCGCUAUUGUGGACGUUAUGCGCCUGCGCCGAUCGUUAUUCCAAGUCAUGUGACCAACAUUAGAUUCGCCGCUUCGCAAUCCUCCAGAGGGUUUGUGGCCGAGUGGAAAAUGAUUUCCCCGAACGCUGGGGCAAA